AUGAUUGAUCGAGGUUUGCGAUAUGCUGGUAUUCCAGAACGACAACGAGUUAUUUAUCCCAGACAGAGAAAUCAUUUUUGGUCACCGGUGCAACCACCACCUCAACCAGUUAUAUUCUCGCCUCCUCCCAUUCAACCACAUCAAUUUCAAUUUCCACUUUUCCAGCCACAACCUCUACCACAGUACCCAAUUCAACAACCGUGGGUUCCUAUCUUUGAAUUUACUGAUGCAAUAUAUAAUGCUAAACAAGGAUCAUCACAUCAGAGUCAAGCCGGAAAUUGGGAACAUGGCGAAACCGGAACAUGGGAAGAGGUACAUGAUCGUGGCAGGAAGAAAGUUAAAAGAAAAGCCGAUCCACCCGUUUUAGGAACACGUUAUAUGAUAUCUUGUGUACGACAUGGUGAAGUGGAUGAUGACAGUAUGUUGGCACUUUGUAGUGCUUGUUGGACUUGGCGUAAAUUACCACCCGAUUACUUUCCGCCUUUAAUCAAUGAACUUGUUUGUUCCAAAGAAAAUGAAGGCUGGGGAAAAUGCCGGCAAAAAUAUCGAAAUUUUGAUGUGCUACGAAACGUAAACGGAAAUUGGCAACCGACAACGAUCUCAUCAGCAAUGUGCUGUGAUUGUCAAAUUCGUGCAGGCACUGAAAUACAUUCGCUUGUAAUCGGUAAACGACAGCAUUGA